UGCCACUAUGCUCUCGAGUUAGAGCUGAUGCCAAUGUGUCUGCGAUGAUAGAUACAGAGUAAGUAUUUCAAAGUUGCUUCACACUAUGGCCGAGGCCAUCACUCAACCCCCUCUCGCCCAGGCUGGUCGACCCCUGAGUCUGAUACCUGUAGGAUUAAAGGAGGCGGCCCUCGAUUCUCCUAGCUUUCGCUCUACUGCUGUGCACUUUUCGGACCAAGUAGAGAUCAUCGAAAAAUGGCUCGACGCAUACAUAAAGUCCAUCUCGAAACUCGUCCACGAUGUCUCUUCCCUCGAAGAGACAUUCAACUCCUUUCUCCUCCGAUCAGUUCCACCUGCGAACGUAUCCGAAGCUGUUCUCGACCAUGACUAUACAUUACUCGCAAUGAAGAGAUUUGGUGAAGGUUCGAGAGAGUGGUGCUCACAGGUCAUCUUUGGAGUAAAGAAAAUGGACACAAAUAUUGUCGAACCUGUGAAGUCGUUCAUGGCUGGAGAACUUCGCAAUUUCAAGGAUGCGCGCAGGUACCUCGAACAAUCACAAAAGACUUUCGAUAAUACCCUGGCUAGGUAUGUGAGUCAGUCGAAAACCAAAGAGCCCUCUUCUUUGCGAGAAGAUGCAUUCCAAGUCCAUGAGACCCGUAAAGCAUACCUCAAAGCCUCAUUAGACUUCUGUUUACUGGCCCCUCAGCUCCGCUAUACUAUCGAUAGGCUCUUAGUCCGCGUCUCAUCUGAUCAAUGGCGAGAGAUGAAGAAGUCUAGAGAGAGUGGCGGGGCCAGCUUCGCUAAAUGGGGCCACGAGAUGGAUCGGGUGCGUGGUUGGAGUAAAGAAAUGGAAGCUGGGGAGAGUGUCUUCAGACGAGAACUGCAAAUCGCCCGGCGAGAAAUUGCAGAGGCUGCUUCACAAGCAUCGAAACCUUCACGAGAAUUAGAAGAUUACAAUCUGUCUACAGUUGCUUUCCUAGGCUCCAAAGGUCCUUCAACUGUCAACAUCCAGUCGCAGGGCAAAGAAGGGGAACGAUCCGAGAAACAAGGCUGGCUGUUUCUGAGGACUAUUUCCGGAAAACCUGCUAGGACAUCAUGGUUACGGCGCUGGUUCUACGUCAAGAAUGGUAUCUUUGGUUGGCUAGUUCAGGGUGCCCAAUCAGGAGGAGUUGAGGAAAGUGAGAAGAUCGGCGUUCUUCUAUGUAACGUCAAGCCAGCAGUGCAAGAGGAAAGACGGUUCUGUUUCGAAGUAAAGACUAAGAACCAGACGAUCCUCCUGCAAGCUGAAACUCAAAUUCAGCUGAUGGAGUGGCUGGAGGCUUUUGAAGUGGCAAAGAACAAGGCUCUGGAGGCCAGUGCAAAUGAUAACUAUUCUCAUCCUGGAGGCGUCGAUCCCGCUUUUGCCAUUACUGCACCCUCGAUUCCCGAAUUUGCUGCCAAAACGACCGAUGGACAUAUUGGCCAUGGUAGCGAUGACCUUGGCGCUGGUGGCUUUGACAGGAGUGGCACAUUACCUAUACCUGGGCCUGACAUGGGCAAUCUUGCAUCGAGAAGCAGUUUUGAUGUCAGUAGUCCUCGUCGAUCGGUUACAACCAGGGAAGAGGGCGAAAGUAGCAGAGACCAUGCUGCCAGAAUCAUGCAGAAGCUCGAUCUUCACCGGAAAGGCACAAUUGCACAAUCCGAUCAAUCAAUUGCUCCCGCACCAGCUCCAGCAGGUGGCAUUGCAAGUCUAAUCUCAGCAAGUCACAACAUAUUGCCGGUAUAUUCGACCCCAGCCAUAUCUCAGCUGAGCACAAAUGCAUUGAAACAGCUACCGUCAGUCAUAGAGACACACACGAGCACAUUAGCACCAGCUACGCUUGCGAAUCCUCCAGCUCCAACAAAUCUGAGCAAGUCAGCUGUCAUCGUUAGUGGUGAGCGAGGUAUAGGCAUUGGUCGAAGCGAUGCCACCGGAGGUAUGCCCUCAAGCAUCAUGGCAAAUGUCUGGGGAAGCAGCAACUGGGGUUAUAUUAAUCGUCUUGAGAAAGGGGAGGUGAAACCACCGGGACCAGGGCGUUCUGUUCCACCAAGUCCGAGCAUAAAGCCAUUACUACCGUCGCCGAAUAUUGGAGAUGAAAAUCGUAAGCCUGAGCAUGGACUGCCUGACCUUUCCCAGACUUCGAUCAGCACAUCCACUGAUCCUGUAGCGAAUCCAGCCCCGAUCAUAGGGACGCAUCGGAAAACCAUCAGUGUUGAUGUCGAGGCAUCCCGCUUACAAAGUCAUUUUGCGCCCAAACCAGAAGUAUUCCCAAGUAACUACCCACUCGAAUUGAAGACUCAAGAGGCUCAGUUCAGGAUGCUCUUUCCCAAUGUUCCGCGCGAGGACAAGCUGCUUUUGGUAUUCCGAGCAGCUUGGAAUCCCAAUCAACAACAGGAAUUUCCCGGCAGAGUUUAUGUUACACAGCAUGACAUAUACUUCUACAGUCACCACCUUGGACUUGUCUUGAUAUCUGGAGUCAGCAUUGACAGCAUUAGUGAAGUCACUGCCGCGCCAGGGAAAGAUUGCGACUUCAUCUUCCUCCAUCUUCGCGAAGAUGCCCUCGAGGGUUCUUUCACGAGGAUCACGAUCAAAACUUUCUUGGAACCACUCAGGCUAUUACAAUCAAGGCUAAAUUAUCUUAUUGACAUUGGUCAAUCCGACGAGCCCAUGACUCUUGAAAAUACCAUGACCGCUCUAAUCAAAAUGGAAAACGACGACCCCACUCGAAGCCCAAGUAUGGAAAGUUGGGAAGAUGUUUCAGUCAAUACUCCUAUUGACGAUGGAACCCCGUCGGGGCGAAGCCGUAAGGACCGAGAUCUUCGGACGACAAUUCAUGUAGAACGAGGAGUUCACUUAGGAAGAGCUAACAAGGAAGUCACAAAGUUCCAGUUGCCCUCGAAACCGGUUGUGUAUGAACCACAGGGUAUGCAACGCAAGGCAGUAGAACGGCAAUUCGAAAUAAGUCCGAAGGCUCUAUUUCAUGUCAUGUUUGGUGACAAGAGUGCCGUAUUCCAGCUUCUCUACCAUGAGCGAAGGGCGCAGCGUAUUGCACAAGGUCCUUGGACUCCACUCGAAGCUGGUCAUAUGCGUCGAGAUUUCCAGUUCCAGAUUGAUUAUCUCGACGUCUUCCGGCGAUCACGACAAGCAAAUGUCGUCGACUAUCAGAUUAUCGAUGUCAUGAACGAUCACGUUUGUUAUGUCAUCACUGACUACAAAACACCAUGGCAUUUACCGCAUCAUAAAGAUUUUAUGCUUGUGUCCAAGAUAGUCAUCACUCAUAUCGCAAAGUCAAAGUGCAAGCUGGCAAUUUAUACCAAGGUUGAUUGGUCCAAAACACCUACCUUCUCCAAGGGCCUGGUGGAAAGACAAGCCUUAGACGACUCCGCCCUCGAUGCAGAGGAUCUAGCGGACGUGAUUGCGGAUCAAGUUCGUAAGCUGGGACCGCAAAGCAGAACUAAGAAAGCAAUCAACAUCUUUGGCCUUGUUGGACAACAAACCUCCGUUUCCCUGUUCUCUGCCACUGAAUCAGGCCAUUCGAAACGGCCACAGAUUAAACAACGCACUCUCACCAAUAUGCUGCUGGAAACUAUGGGAUCCUUUGGCGAAAGUGCUAUCACUUCAGUUAUGAUGUGGACCUUUGCAGCUCUUCAUUCCCUAUGGAAGAUCUCGAGCGCUCACAGCAUUAUCUUGACAGCUCUACUACUCAGCGUCAUGACGAACGCCUUCUUCACAUCACGAGAUACAUCUGAGUGGUGGUCAGAGCGAAAUGCCGCCAAGUUCAUGAGCCGAAUGGGCGUAGUCCCGAAUCCUAUGAUGAGCAAGGCAAUAUACCUAAAAGACCUUGACGAUGUUCUAUCGUCGAUACCUACAGAAUUGCAGGAAGGAUCUGGCAGCAAAUGCUAUGAACAAUUCAGAUACAUCUCUAAUGUCACUGAUCUGGACUCUCCAUAUCAGUAUGCCGGCGUCCCAUUUUCGGAAACAGCAACUCGAGCCACAGCUCAACGAUUACGAAGAACACGCCAACACCUGGGUACAUAUCGACACGAUCUCAUGAUAGCCAUGCGGGUAGUCAACAAUGUCGAACGAGAAAUGAUGCGAGCAGAAUGGGAGAAUUGGCUUCUCGACGAGAAUACACGUUGCAAACAAGUGCAGGCAUUGUUGCGAGAACCUCCGAACAGUACCUCAAAAUCCAAGAAGGGCAAGACGGUUGAAUCUCAGACAGUUUUGGAUGCUCAAGCGAAAGAAAAGGUCAGACUUGAUGGUCUGAGAAUCUGGCAACAAGACUAUUGCGGAAGCUGUAAAUUGGAGCAGGAUUUGAUACUGAAAGAGAGGCAGCAUUUGACCUUCGGAUGAAUUGAUGUAAUGUAUGAUAGAGGAGAUCCUGAUUUGGACGAAAUAUUCGUCCAGCGUGGAGUCAGGGUUUAUGAGACAUCAAGGAUUGUAGAUUAGGUUCACUCAACGUCCGUAGAGAAAACUUUCCUGCUAUUCACACUAGCAGGGGGCACACUCG